GCACGCGGCCGUCGCCAAUCGCGCAAGUACGUCACAAUGGCAACCGACGGUCGCCGCUGCAAUUAACAAUGCUGCCGCGUGCACUUCUGCCGGCCGAUCUCGAGCGUCGAAUGCCGUACGUCGCGCGCAGUGAAUUGCGAUGCAGGGAGCUCUAAGUGCGUAGCGAUCGGCGCGAGGGAGUCGGUAGGCGGUUGGCGCACCUGGGAGGAGCAAGCGAGCGGCCCGGCGACCCGGGAGUCGCACCUCGGCGAGCGGUGGGCCGGACACGGCCAGCCUCAGGCAGCAGCCAGUGCCCGCCCGUGCCUCCACACGCGCUCCUUCGCCCGACAAAACAAUGCGCCGGUGGUGCGUGUAAAUACGCGCAGCGGCUAUUCGGGGAGCAGCGGAGUGCUGGCAGGCAGGGCUCCCAGCCGCCUGUCAUGUGUCAGCGACCCUGAGGCCGCCGCCGCCGACGACGACUCUUGUUUAUAUCGAUCACGUGGUGUUGUCAUUCUGACGCGGUGCAUCUGAACGGCGGCCGGCAUGCAGCGCUGCCCGUACCUGCACGAGAUGAAGGAGCGGCUGCUGUCGCAGAGCUCGAACCCCGACCAGACGUCGCUGCCAGACUCCGGCGCCGCCAUGGACACGCGUGCCGCCUCUGACGUUCUCGAGGUGCGCCAGGAUCCCGUCGUCGGCACCGUCGUCAAGCUCAACCCGGACGGCUACGGCUCGCACACGUCGCCUGCGCACCACUGCAGCAGCCAGCUGUUGGACGAGUCCGCCGACAUGGACAGCUUCGCGCCCAAGAACGCCAAGACCUCACUCUUCAUUAUUCUCAGCUUCAUAUAUGCCAAGCUGCUGAUUGUUAUUUGUAUAGCCUAUGUCAUCUCGGAAGUUGUGACUCAAAACAUACCUCUACAUUAUUAUGAGGGUUUCUUCACAUAUCUAUAUGGAAUGAGCAUACUGUUCUUGUUGUACGUAUUCUGCUUUCUACUACAAGAAAGUGCCUGCUGUGCACCAGAAGUCCAGGCACCUCCACCUCGACCCCCUGUCAAAAAAUCUGAUGCAAAGAAGGCAGAAAAAGAGAAGAAAAAGAAAAAGAAAAAAGCUGCUGAAGCAAAGGAGAAAGGAAGUGGGGGAACACCGGGAGGUGUUGGUGGCAAUAAUAAAGGCUCAAUGUUUCAGGGUGUUCUGCGCAACUUGAGAACCAGCAAAGAUGUGAAUUUGAAUGAUGGUGGUGGAGACAGUCCUACACAAGAAAAGUUGACUGGUUCAUGUGAUCCACCAGAGAUGGUAGAACUGGAGUCUGGGAGACCUGCACGUAAACGAAAAACUUCACAGAACAUUCACAGCCAUGGAAGUUUCUUUCUAAGAGUAGGUGCUAUAGCAUUUGGCCUUGGGACAAUGAUCUAUAAUGGACUUGAGUGUGGAGCUUUCUUCGAAAUUCCCUUCAACUCUCCUUGCUACCAGAUACUUCGAGGAAUUAAUCCAGUGUUACAGAUGAUUUUCACUUUCAUGCAGAUGUACUUUAUAUUCAUGAACUCAAGGCUGAAUAUUCAUCGCUUCAAGGUGGUUGCACGUUUUGGACUUAUGCAUGUAGUUGCUACAAAUUUAUGUGUCUGGAUUCGAACUUUGGUGCUUGAGAGCCUAAAAGAAAUUUCUGCAUACCAGCAUCGACGUCUUGAAUCAUUUUUGGCUGCAGAUGAAGAUAGUGGAGUCGAGUUAAUUCGUGGGCCGAGCAUCUUCGAUUCAGCCCCUGGUGCCCCCACUCUUGGGCAGGGGACAACGGUAGCUGCUGCUGCAGGCGCGGGAGCCACAAGCCUGCAAACGACAGCUAGGACAGCUGCCCACACCAUCGCCCGCAUCACCAACUCUACCUUGCGUGCCAUUCUUGAGGUUACUCUUCCUCCCACAACCCCUAGUACUACUGUUCCAUCCACCACGGUCACUACCACUGCAGCUCCUACAACAACACUGCGUACCACAUCUACUGCAUUCCCAACCACACUUACCACACAGAGUCCUACCACUACUCCUAUUAGUACCACAACUGCAUCUACAACCACAACAACCACCACCACCGCUGCUACUAUCCCUACCACUGCUUUGUUCUCACAGUUCCCUACGAUGCUUGAUUCAAUGGACUAUCCCAGAGCUCUUGACGUUAAUGGAAACAGCAAUGGCAGUAUUCCAUUCUUGGAUGGACCUUUUUAUCCAGCAGCUUUAACAAGUUUGAAUAAUGGUACCUCUAUUACAAGUGGUUGUGGUCGGGUGAACAUCAUGGGAACAAUUGUUCAGGAUUCUGCUCCAUACUUGUUUCCAUUUAUAAUUGAAUACAGCCUAAUUGGUGCUGCUGUGAUUUAUGUUAUGUGGAGACACAUUGGACGUCAUCCCAGAUAUGUGGAACAGGAAGAUUUGGAACAACGGCUGGAAGCAAUGUUAUCACGAAGAGCAGUGGCAAUGGCACAAGCACGUCGACAAGGCCGUGUAGACUGUGUAGGUGCUAGCAAAGGCCUGUUCUGUGGCCUCCUGCUUUUGGUUGCAUCUCUUAUUUGUCUCAUACUUUUCUUUGUGAUGAUACAUCAUCAAGAUUAUGGACUGCUUGCAAUAUACCUGGCAGAUGUUUCUCACUGUGUGUUGAUGUCUCUCAGCAUAAUAGCUACUAUUGUUGGCUUCAUCAGAGUACAGAGUCUCAAAUUCCGUGCUGAAGAGCAGAGUGAUUUGAAUGACAUUCUCCUAAGAGUAUCUGCAUUUGGUCUGUUUGUGUAUGCUGUAUUUAGUGUGAUAGCUGGCUCCUUGGCUGCUUUUCCACAAGAACCCAAGUUGUUAAUUGUGUGCACUGGCUUACUGUCAAUUGUUCAGGUUGUACUACAGCUGUUGUUCAUUGCGGAUGUGGCACGCCGUCGUGUACAUCUCCCUGAACAUGACCGCAGCAAACCUGGGCGUCAAGUAGUAACCUUCCUCUUGAUCUGCAAUGUCACAAUGUGGGUCAUUUACACAUUUGAAGCACAGAAGGUUAUUGCUAAUCCUGUUCAACUUGAUUUCUAUGGAUUCCUUGCAUGGGCCAUAGUGCAACGGGUUACUUUACCACUUUGUAUUUUUCAUCGAUUCCAUUCAGCGGUCACGCUUGCUGAGAUUUGGAAGACUAGCUACAAAGCUCGACUUGAAUGAAUUCUACAGUGCUUGGUAAUUAUUAAAAAUAACAACUUGCCCUGAAAUCAGAACUGGUAUACAUAAAAAAGUGUGAAGGUGUAUGGAUUAAUGAUGAAUUUUAUGAUUUAUGAAGAUGUGGUGUGUUCACACACUCUGACAAUGAAUUUUUGCCAUUGGUUUUCAUCUUCUAAAGUUAUUUUUAAAAACUAAAUAUUUAAGCCAAAGAUUAUAUCCUCAUGAAAUUCAUUAACAAUAAUUAUUAAUUUUGUUAAGAUAUUAGGUUUACUGAUAACACUUUAUGCAAUACCUCUCAUUACUCACACUCUUCUUGAAACAAUUGUCAUUAUACAUUACAUCUAAAAACUAUUCAUUUAUACAUUUGCGACUUGUUAUUUUUGUUGCUCGCAUACAUCAUUAUCAAACUUGAUAGUCAUUUUCAUUGAUGAUAAGAAUGUGUCUGAGUCAUGUCUGAUGGUGAGCAUAAAAUAAUGUUGAUGCUAUUUUUGUCCUAUGCUUGUCUUAUGCCCACAACAAUUUGUCAUAUUUAUUUCUUCUGCAAAACUACAUUAAGGAACUUUAUUUCAUAAAAUACAUGAAACGAAAAGCAUGCAACUGUCAUUUGCAAUGUGCCAUUCCUUGCUGGUAGCACACCGGCAUUAACAUGUCAGCAUCAACAGAUGAAGAGAGUUCAGUAAUGCUUCUGCCUGACUCAUUAAUGUUGACACACUGGAGAAUUUAAUUCUCAUUCUUAAGGUGGUGUUUACCUUGAGAAAUAAAAACAAUAAAAAUUUAAGAAAAGUGAAUGGGUUAAGUAAACUUACAUGUUCAUCCAUGUAUACAUAUUAAGUUUAAGUGUCCAUCAAAAUAAUAAUCUACUAAGUUUGCAGAAGGUUGUGGUUGAUCACUCACAAAGAAACCACUCAACCUCUGUUACAGAAAAUAAUAAUUAUUCUUCUGUUGAACAUGUUCAGGGUGUAGUCUUGCAGCUGUUGUAGUAUUAUUCAGCUAUUUUUUGAAUUAGAAAGAAACUGAUAUUGAAAUAAAGGUGAUGAUUUGGUGAUUUGACACAAGGCCACAAAACUAUGUUGAAUGCACAUGCCUUGUUGAAAUUGAUGACUUUCAUUUGAAUAUGCAAUGUAAGUAUGUGCCAAAUAAAUAAAAUAAUAUUAUUGUAUGGGCAGAAUGAGUAUAUUAAUGGGAAGGAUAAAGUAAAUAUUCAUUACCAGUAUCACUUGAAGAUUACACCAAAUGUUUCACUGUUUUUAUUUCCUUUGUUGUCUGUUGUUAGUUACAAUGUAAAACAACUGAAGCAGAGAUCCCCUUAAAUACAGGCGUAAUGUAAAUUUUUCUUCACUGUGUUGUGAACUUAAUGGUUUCUGUGGAACAUGUAUUACUGAGCAUGAGCUCUAGUGAAAAACACUUCCAUGAUGACUUGAUUGUUUUGUACCAUAAUACACAAAAGAAAAUUUUAAAAUAAUAAUUGGCUACAGAACAAAGGUUAUACACAAAAAAUAUCAUUAAUGCAUUACUAUACAAAAACUGAAUAUCCUACACUGUACAAAUUUUUGCAAACUAAAUUAACAAUUCUGUGAAAUCACCAAUGAGUAGACUUAAUUAAUACAGCAAAACAGAUGUGCUUUGUUGGAUGAGAAGUAAAUGUGUGUCAUAAAUAGUUAAGCAUCAAAUAUAAGAAUAAAUGUUUACAACUUCAAAAUGUAAAUAAAAUGGUUGUUUUGUACAUAAUUUAUCAUUGUUCUUGAUGUCUGUUCUAAGCCUGUACUCAAGUGAAAUAAAAAGAAAACCAUGAGAAAAUUUCUAUAGAUCAUGAAACUAUUGCUAAGCAUGGUGCGUACUAAAUUAACUCUUAUUGCUGUUAUAUAUAUCUAUAUGUGGCUAAAGAGGCAAAAGGUUAGUAACACAUUUUGUGUUGUUUCAUUGCAGAUACCUUCAUUAGUAAGUACAAAGUGACAGACUUAGUUAUGUAGUAGGUGAAAUAAUUUGUUACUGUAGGUCUUCUCUAAAAAAAUUCAUUUUGUUCCAUUUUAGCAGUUUUAAACUUAGUGAGUUUUUUGGCCAGCUCUCUUCCUUUUUUUUUUUCUUUUGCCAAUUGUCAGAAUUUUUAUACAUGAUGAUGAUGUGAUAAAAUUGAUUAUUAUGUUUUCAUUGUUUAUUACAUUUCCCUCAUACAUUAUUUACCCCUAGGACACUUUUUUUGAAAGCUAUGAAAAUUUGUGGACCAUGAAGUUCCAAAGAAACAUGAAACCUGUUCAGCAUUUACCAUUCUACUCUUUUGCUUGACUUUAGAAAAUGAAAUAGUACAAAGUGGAUUAUAGAUAUCCAUUACAUAUAUUUUUUCCGAUAUAUAUCAUGAGUUGUGUGUACAUCUAUUAAUGGUUUGAAACUAUAUGUACAUUCACUACAAAUGUUUUCUAGACUCUUAAUACAAAAUAGCCAAAUAUUCUUUUAAAGUGGAUUAAUUAGGUUCUUUAGUAUUGGUAAUAACACAAUGUUUACUGUACUUUACAUGUGGUAUGUGUGAGAUUAUUUGCAAGUACCAAAUGUUUUUAGAGUUUUUAAUGUGACCAAAUUCAUUUUUGGAAAUUUGCUAUGUAUAUAUACACUGUCAAGAUUCUCACUGCCAACUAAUACAGUAUGUGUGAACUGUAAGUUAAUGUAACAUUCAUAAGCAUCUUACAGUGAUUCAGCAGACUAGAUUAGGAUCAUUCAUAUUCCAUAAGCAUUUGACUGAUGGCAGUGUUAAAGUUGUCAUGAAAUUAAAAAAAGAAAAGAAACAGUGCUUCUUCAUUAUCUGCAUAGAAAACCAUUGCCAGGUUGUGCAAUUUUAUAAUCUCCCUCCAAUAUACAUUAUAUAUAUAGACAUAUAUAUUUAAAAAAACAAUGGAAAGUAGUAGUACUAGUUUUUAAAAUUGAAUAUUUCCUUCUUACAAGUAAAAUCAAUGUUCAAAAUCCUCACUUAAUACAUCUUGUGAAUGGUCUGUUGUUGCCUAUAUCUGGAAUGUCAGAUAUGGCAAAUUUUGAAAAUAUUCAUUCUGAAUAGCUUCUGUUACAGUCAACUUUUGACAUAUCUUGCUUUAUCAAAGGAAAUUUAUACUUACAUAUAGAUGGGGUUUAGAGUUUUUUUUACUUUUUAUAAAUGUCAUAGAAAUUUUUUGAGAUUCUUCCAAGUUUAUUUUAUAACGUGUUUUGUACAAAAUGCAAAGAAUAUAUAUUUAGCUGACAAAAAUUCAUUAAUUCAAAAUAUUAUUUCUGUAACUAAGAGAACUGUGAAUACAGGUACUAGGUGUGUAACAUGCAUUAUUUAUUAAUUUUCAGCUUCAUAUUCAAUCCUCACAUAACAUAUUUCCCACUCAAAGAGAAUGGCUGUUGUUUUUAAAAUGUGGAUGGACCUUUAAAAAUACAUAAAACUGUCUUACAAAGUUCAUUAUGUUUUUUUUUAAAUUACUAUUACUGCUAAUACGGUUACAUAGCUUACAAGUGGAUAAUGGAGGCUGGUGAACACCACAUAAGCCUAUGCUUAGUAUGUGUUACUUGAGAGG